AUGGCCUGCUGCACCACUAGCUUCUGUGGAUUUCCCAGCUGCUCCACUGGUGGGACCUGUGGCUCCAGCUGCUGCCCACCAAGCUGCUGCCAGCCUACCUGCUGCCAGCCCAGCGGCUGCCAGCCAAGCUGCUGCCAGACCAGCUGCUGCCAGCCAACCUGCUGCCAGACCAGCUGUUGCGGGACCAGCUGCGGGACCGGCUAUGGCAUCGGAGAGGGUGGCUGUGGAGCUGUGAGCUGUCGCACCAGGUGGUGCCGCCCUGACUGCCGCGUGGAGGACACCUGCCUGCCCCCCUGCUGUGUGGUGAGCUGCACACCACCAACCUGCUGCCAGCUGCACCACGCCCAGGCCUCCUGCUGCCGCCCAUCCUACUGUGGACAGUCCUGCUGCCGCCCAGCCUGCUGCUGCUACUGCUGCGAGCCCACCUGUUGCCAGCCCACCUGCUAA